CGUUGAAAUCUUAAAAGCCCCUCUCUCCAAUCCCAUCCAAUCCGCGCAUAAGAUUUAGGUCAUUACGCAGCCUGCAUUUUUCCCCGCGAUUUAAGUAAUCUAUCAACAGUCAUCGAGUCAACACGAUAGAGAAAGAGAGUAGAGCAUCCACUGUUGUCUUUUUCUCUUUUAAAAGUGCUGCUGUAGCUCCGAAGAAGGAGAAGACGGUUCAGUGCCAGUCUGCACAGGUGCUCAUCAGGCAGAUGUAUCAUGGGUAUUGCUUGCCAUGGGCCCAUCCAAUGCAUGCCUGCAACGCUUUGAAGCUCUCGGCGGAAGGACCAAAGGAAAAGACAUAAUAGAUGUUUUGUCUGUGCUUUUGGAAGGCAUCUUGUUCAUAACCUUCUCCUUUGUUCUUUUCUCCUCCAUCUCUCUCUCUUUCUUGAGUUUCGGGUUCGGUUGAGAACCCCCCGGAGAGUUCGAAAUUUGGUUCUUUUUCCGAAGAGGAUUUGGUAUUUGUUUAGAGUUUGGUGGAUUAGGGUGUUUGUGGUGUCAUUUUGAUUUGGAUUUGUUGUCUUAGUCAGCGGUUCUGUUUGUUUGGGUGGUUCAGGUCUGUGGUUGCUGCUGUUUGCUCUAUAUUCUGCUUGGGAGCUAUGUUGUAGUUGAGUUGUUCAAAAAUGUGUAACUUUGUAUGGUUUUUUGGGUAUUUAUGGCUGAUUUUUCAGCUUAUCUGUGACUUUUAAGGGGUUUGGUGGUCAACUUCUAUAGGCUUUCUCUAAAUGCUGUCCUGGUUAGAAUUUUAUCGUCUGUUUUUUCUUACUUUUUGCUUUUCAGUGUAUUUUUUUUUGUUUCCUGGUAAUUGGAGUAUGAUCUUGGAAAUUUAAGACUAGAGUUGGCGAUGCUUUUAUCCCAUUACUCCGAACUGCUCUUUUUUCUGCUUCCCCUUGGGUUAUUUUUGGGUGCUAUCUAAGGAAUUAGUACCGUUUUGGUUGAGGUUCUUUGUUGGCGGCAUAGGCGUUUGAGUCUGCUUGAGUUGUUUAUUUGAAAAUUUUAAUCUGUUCAAGAUGGCUUGCGUGAAGCUAGGCUCAAAAAUGGACACUUUCCAGCGUCAAGGAUGGGCUUGGUUUACCACUACUGGCCUCCCAAGUGAUGUUACCAUUGAAAUUGGAGAUUUGUGCUUUCAUCUUCACAAG